CCGCUUCUUUGCCUGUCGGCCCCCCAUUCACCGAUGAGGCGGAGAGUGAGGGCUCUUCAGAGUUGCUGUCAGCGUCGAAUUGAGUCAAAUCGUCGACCCCCAGGACUAUGAGCUCGCCCGUUCUUAGCUCGACUUGCAGCUCCACGCGAGAUGGACUGUGUGCGUAAGAGAAAAGGUGCGUGUCUGUCUGUCUGUCUGUCUGUACUGUGUGUAGUGUCCCAUUUUGCCCACUCACGCAUUGAAGAUGAGGAUGAGUUGGUGGGAGUUGAAGCUCGCCUCGGCCAUGCCAGUCGACUGCACCCAGCCAGCCAGCCAGCCAGCCAGUCAAGGACGACCGCAUGCUUUGUAUGUGCGUCCAAUCUGUGUCUGUCAUGCUACGCACCGGGUGUCUCUCGGCCUUCUUCGACCACACCGGAUCGCUCCACAGCAUCGUGCCGUCUGGCCAUUGGUAGCCCAUGCGCACAGCAUACUGGUCACCAACCGAGAGAGACGCAUCUGCAGCAACACACACACACACACACAGAGAGAGGCAUGGUGCGGUGCAUUGAUGAAGGUAUGUGUGUGACUCUGAUCAUUGCUGACCGCCCGGGCGUAUGAUGCGGUGGAACGCGAUGUAUGGCAGUCCCUCCAGACGUCUGACGUUCGUGAGGGUCAGCGAGCUAUCAUCGCCUAAUGAACGCAUGCAUGUGAACACAUUGGGACGCACUCAUCUGUCUGUCUGUCUGUCUGUGUGUCUGUGUGUCUGUCUGGAUGCGACUCGAUUGCCCACUGACUGAAGAAACGGGUGGCCUCGAUUUCUGCAGACAGCCACACAAGCAACGCCAGCUAUGGAUGGAUGGAUGGAUGCAAACAAACGAUGCUUUCAGUUACCCUCCAUUCGGAUGACGACUUCGGUGAAGGCGAACUGGAGCAGCUGCUCAGUCCACUGAGGCAGGCCAUCCUGGUCCUCGGCGAGCAUGAGGACGCUUCUGGCGAAAUCCGCCAAGCUGUCCUGAUCGGUCAGCUCCGCCAUCUGCUUCUUCAACUGGGACAACACGUCUGCAUCACACACAGACACACACAAACCCACACAAACCCACACACGCACACACACACACACAUGCACACACACGGGGGAGGUGCAUUCAUGGGCGUGAGUGUGCAUGCAUUAUUACGAACCAAUCUCUGAGUUCGCGUCGCCGGCAUGCCACAGGUUCUGCGCCCCUGCCGUGCCUCGGGCAAGCGUGCUCCACCGCACCAGCGAGUCUGCGAUCAACGCAACCAGAACAUGGCAUUGCAUCCAUCCACUGAUCUGGUCUUCGUUGGCUCCCUGAUCCAGCUGGACACGAAGAGCUGCUGCCAUUCUUGGCUGUGGUCUUGUCGCCAUUUGGGGAGGUACGGUCUGCCGUCCCCACCUUUCUGCUUGACGAGACUUUUCAUGGCCUUGUUGGUCCACUGCUGCCACUUGGCCACUGACGCCAGCAGCUUCCCCAUGUUGGCCAUACUCCGGUUGCCGAUGUUGUCCAUCACGAGGAAGCCCUCCAACACCUUCAUCUGGCCUGCAGUACACCAAACACCGAGACAGGCACACGGCCAAUCCACACGAUUGACUGCGUGCACGUAUGCUUGAAGAAUGCGGACAAUCGGCGAUAGGCAUGCGCACGGCUAAAGGAAGUUCCCGUCAGCGCCUGCAACCACGCACGCACCAACUCUCAACGCAUCUCCGACUAUGACAAGGCCGUUGAGAUGAGAGUUGCCCACCGUGGCCGACGAAGCCGCACACGCGGUCAUCCAGAGCUGCACACACAAACACAAACACCAAAACGGACAGACGUGCGUGUGCGAGCAUGUGUCCGGGGCGAUGGCGAGCCGUCAGAUGACGGAGGACGCAAAGGCGAUGGGAAGCCGUCUGCAACAGAACGCGAUGCGUCGACCACUGGGGCCGCCGCUGCGGCCGCUGCCGCAUAGCCAAACGGCGAUCGGUUCUCCGGCCUGGAUACGCGCAACACACAGAUAGACAGACAGCCAAUGAGAGGAAGGAACAGAGGCAAGAUCGUCUGUCUUCAGUCUUACUGUCUCAAUAUGGUGCCCGGUGGCUGGCCGUCAUACCUGGCUACCGCGGAGAAACUGCACACGCAACACAAGCCAAAUCAAACCAUGCAGUGCCGCGUGGAGCACUGCGGGUCGGCUGCUCUUGCUGCCAUGCACUGACCUCCCAGAUGAGACGAUGUGGUGCACGUCGUACAUCCGCCGCAACAGCGGGUCGUAGCUGCUGCUGCCAUGGCAGUCGGUGAGUGCAAGAGACGAAUAUCGACGCCUUCUGCCUUCUGCUGCCUCUCUGCCGGCUUGCGAGCAUCGCCAAAAUAGUGGAAAUCUUUCCUACGCUGAUCCAAAGGAGCAUCCAUCCAAUACAAUUAAUAUGUGCGUACGUACGUUGGUCAGAGUGGCGGCCAGAGGCGAGAGGGUGUCAUAGCGAAUGGUCCGAUCCUUGGCCGCCGACGACCCGCCAGAUGAAUUCCCUGAGCGGAGCGAGACAAGACGCACCGCUUUGUGUCAAUGACAAGAGCCACGUAUGUGUCUCUCCUGCCUACCUGCUGUGCUGGCCGCCUGCUGCUGCUGCGGCUGCUGGUUGUUGUGGUGGUUGUGGGGAGUGGAGAGACGGGUCACCUUCAGAUCCUGAAAAACACAAUACGCGGAGAAGUGUGUGUGUGGGCAAGUUGGGCGAUUGGGGGGGGUGUCCGUGCGUGAUUCACCUGUGUGGUGCUUUCUUUGAUAGCCUUCUGUGCGGCACCCCCGUUGAGCCAGAGGGCCGCGAGCACAUCCGGAUGUCCGCCCGCCCUCAGCCGAUACCAGUGCACCAUGUGGCCGUACAGGUUGUUGACGUACCCCAGAUACUUCGUGUUCGACUUGGCCCAGGACAUCAACUAAACCAACACACGCAGACAGCAGGACAUCCUCCCUGCCGCCCUCACUGCAUGGAUGCAUCCAGCUGACCACUUUCCUGAAGACCAUCCAGGCGAACUUCUUGUUGGACGUCUUGGUCGGAUCCAUGGCCGUCUGCUUCUUGAUGCCCUUGAGGCCCAUCUUGACACACAGCGCCGCCCGCCGGUGCGGGUCCAGUCAGUGCUACUCUACCAACACCAUGUCAUCCAAUGACGUCAUCUGCACCGGCACAGCGACGGACACCUGUGCAGAUGCACUCCUUCGAAUUCUGCCGUCACACGAAGGAGCAUCUCGUUGCGAAAUGGCGUGGAUGCAACGCGG